UCCGCUGUCAGCCAAUGCAAGGCCCCACUAAAGUAUUUACUAGCACAUAUGGGCCGUAACAUAUGCAUGCCAAAUAUUACUUUUAAAUACGCAACUUCUGUUAUUAGCCAAGAUCGAGAGCCUGCUUAAGUAAUAACAAAUUUGACCCGGAGUCGCAAAGGCAGUGCAGGGCGAAGUCGGGGGAGACGGACAGGAAAAAACAAAGAUGGCUGUGUAGUCAGAGAGACGAGUCCCAGUAGAACUGUCUCUAGGCACGAUUUUAAUCACCGACAAGUCCUGUGAGCCCCGUGGACAGCCAGACGGUACAGGAGCAGGGACGUUAGACGAGCAGUGGAGCCAGGUCGCUGGUGCACAUCAUUGUAAUCUGCUGUCAUUGCGAAUAACGGCGUCGAGAGUACAACAACAGCUGAGAGGCGACUGAGUUGUUUUUGUUCUGCCUGGGCAAAAGGAGAGGACUGCUGUGUUUGUCAACGUAGCUAGCCGAAUAGUCUGCUAGCCGCACUGUUCAUCUUAGGCAAUUUUAGGCAGUCACCGCCAUGUCUUCACUGGAAGAGAGAGACGUGGGCGUUGCGGCCGCCCCUGGCUCCUCCUCGGCCGGCUUGGGGGUCGGGGCCGUGGGGGCAGCGGUGGAGGCUGUCGCCGAGGUCGCAGCCAUGCAGGAAGAGCUCGGGAUACGGCGAGAAGGGCCCGAGCCUGACCCAGACGAGCCACCCAAGAAGAGGGUGAAAGUACCCGAGGGAGAGUCAGGAAAGCUGGAGGAGAGACUGUACUCGGUGCUGUGCUGCACCGUGUGCCUAGACUUGCCCAAGGCGUCUGUUUAUCAGUGUACCAAUGGACAUCUGAUGUGUGCAGGCUGUUUCAUCCAUCUCCUGGCUGAUUCUCGUCUCAAGGAGGAACAGGCUACAUGUCCCAACUGCAGGUGUGAGAUCAGCAAGAACCUGUGCUGCAGGAACCUGGCGGUGGAGAAGGCUGUCAGUGAGCUGCCAACAGAAUGUACCUUCUGCCUAAAACAGUUUCCCCGCUCCAGCUUAGAAAGACACCAGAAAGAGGAGUGCCAAGACAGGGUGACACAGUGUAAGUACAAGAGGAUCGGCUGCCCCUGGCAAGGUCCGUUCCAUGAGCUGCCAGCACAUGAGAGUGAGUGCUCCCAUCCCACCAAGACAGGUACAGAGCUGAUGGGAAUACUAGGAGAGAUGGACCAGAACCACCGUAGAGACAUGCAGCUGUACAACAGCAUCUUUAGCCUGCUCUGCUACGAGAAGAUUGGGUUUACAGAGGUGCAGUUCAGGCCGUACCGCACUGAUGACUUUAUCACUCGUCUGUACUAUGAAACACCGCGCUUCACUGUUCUCAAUCAGACGUGGGUGCUGAAGGCCCGUGUUAACGACUCUGAGCGCAACCCCAACCUCUCCUGCAAGCGCACCCUCUCCUUCCAGCUCAUCCUCAAGAGCAAGGUGAACUCUGCCCUGGAGUGCUCCUUCCUGCUGCUGAAGGGGCCGUAUGACGACGUGCGGAUCAAGCCAGUCAUCCACCACCACUCCUUCAGCAACGAUGCUAACGAGACGGACUACGUCCCUCUGCCCAUCUCCGAUUCGGUGGAAUGCAACAAACUGCUGGCCGCCAAAAACAUCAACCUGCGCCUGUUCAUCUUCCAAGUCCAAAAAUAAAGACUGAGGGAAGAUGAUGAGGAGGAGGAGGAAGAAGAAGAGGGAUGAUGGAAGGCGAGGAGCAGAGAGAGAGAGGAUGUGAUGAAGAUUAAAGAGACACCACUGAACCACUGAUACCUCUUAACAUGUACACACAUAUACUUACGCAGAUACAGUCACACAGGGUACACACACACACACACACACACACACACACACCAAUAAUUUCACUUACCUCCUAUUACAAGAUUGUGAGUCCCCUUUCUUGGGGGAGCUGUGAGUUGCUAUGGAGAUGAGUGGGCAUUGAUAUAGGAUGGAGGGAUGGGGGUGGAGUGGAGGGGGUUCUGAGAUGGUUGGUGUGUACCUUCGGAGGCUUUCUUAAGGUCAGGGUUUUCUGACCUUUCACCCCUGACAUCCACAGCCAAAGGGUAGCACACACACACACACACACACACACACACACACACACACACACACACACUGACCAAAGCAGGAUUUGCUGGGUGCAUUUGUUGUGUGUAUGUUUGUGUAUAAGUGAGAGAGAGAGAGUUACUUGACAGACCCUGGUGUGCAGCCCCAACUAUGCUGUCAUGUUGUCCCAAAGACAUGAUAAUGUGAAAACAGACCGAGUGACUCUACUGAGCUGUUCUUUGGACAUGUGAACAGGUGUCGACGGCACGAUUGUGUACGUGUGCACUCGAAUGUGUGUGUGUGUCUUUAUCCUUCCCUCUACUCGCUGUAUGCCAGAAGCUCAUCACCAAUUCCCUUCUGUUUUGGCAAACGCUUCUUUUUUUGCAUUUCAGACAUUGUCAAAACAGAUGAAAGAUGGCAUCACCCCUUUAACCUUCCAGCAAGAGGAGAGACGGCCUGGCUGCAUGCAUAUUUUAGUUCUUCAGCUUAUUCAUCCAGCUGUGGUUACAUUUAACCUUCAGCACUAAUAACGGUUUUAGUUCUGUUAGCCCUUAAUAUUUAAGUACCUGUGAACUUUAAUGUUUUUAGUUGGGUUUUAGCGUGUGAACGGCAGUCUGUGAGAGUGUGUGUGUAAACAGAUCUUAACUGUGAGACUGCUGUAAACCAGAGUACAAUCCUUAGAGUACAGGACUAGCAAGGCUGGGUUACCAACAGACUCUCCAGGCUCACUUUGUAUCAGCUGUAGGACAGAAUCUAAUUAUGUUUGUUACCAAUUAAUUGCAUUUUUCUUGAGUAAUCAUGUAGUGUACAAAAUAUGAGAAAGUAUUUUUUUUAAAACGCUCGUCACUACUUCCCAGAGCUCUAAGGUGAUAUUCUAAAAUUGUGUUUGUUCAUUGAACAGUCCAAAACUCAAAGAUAUCUCAUAUACCAUCAUAUACAAGCAGCAAAUCCUAUUUGAAAAUCUGGAAGUAGUAGAUGUUUGGCACCUGAUGGGACUGAUUCUCCAUUAUCAGAAUAAACACCUUUUGAUUGACUAAUUGAUUAAGUGAUUAAUUAUGGCUGCAGUUUGAUUACUUGCACAUCUGAUUAAGAAUUUGUACUACUACAGUACAAAAAGAUAUGGAAUUAUUAUGUACAGUAUCUGUGGCCAGGUAGUAUUCCAGUAGAAGACUACUGGUUGAAUUAUGUACAAAAUGAAAUGAAGGGCAACAGCACAUUUUUGCUCCCAAACAAACCAGCCAUGGGGACUAAACCCAAACUGUGAGCACAGAGUCCCAAGGUGACCUGGACUUGACUAUGUGCUGUGAGCUCAACAGCCCUCUGGAGAAGACUUACUUGUCUUUGGCAGGGGAUGAAUGAUGUAUCUGUGAGUGUGUGUGUGUGUGUGUGUGUGUGUGUGCGUGUGACAGGGUGGGGACGGACGGUUUUACCUUACCACGGUGACAUAUUAGUGUUAGACUUACUUGAAAGAGAACGAGAAGACGUUACUGAAGUAGAUUCUACUGUAAAGCAGAUAGAUCUCUCUCCUCCUGACCUCUACUUCCUGUAUAUCUGUGUUUUAAUGCUUUGUCUCUAUGCCAGUGGACUCACUCAUCUCACUAUGGCUGUACAUGUGCCUUUUAUUAAAGAUCACAGAA